CGCUGGCCUUCGAAAUGGGCUCGACUGCUUAGCCUUGAUUUCUUCAAUUGUCCCUCCGCAUAUCAACUUUUUUAUAAAGAAAAGUCUGUUCGCGAUGACAUUUGGAGGUGAAUUGUUAGACGAGGACAGCCAGGUGAUUUCAGAACUGGUUUCUGUGCGGGCUGACUGGCUUGCAAGUUUCAGUUCCUGUGCAGUACAGUAAAGCAACUCGCUUGGUCAGAGGAUUGCAAUGAAACCAGCUCAAGAGCGUAACCAGGAGUGCCUGCCUCCUAAGAAGAGGGACCUCCCAAUUAGUAACAGCGCUGGGGCUGGAGGGACUGGAGGAGGUGGGGCUGCAGGUGGAGGCGGUGGCAGUGGUGCUGGUGGUGGUAUUGGAGAAGAUGAAGUGGUUUCCAUCCAGAACUCUGCACCCAACAGCGACACUCAGGGAGGGACCCCAUCUGGAGAGUGGCUGAGAGCUCAGCAAGGACUUCAUUAUGGAGUGGAUAAUAAUCAGAUAAGUCCUGAUGGCAUACCAGCAGUGCCCGUCGAUCAGUACAGUAUGCUCUACAAAGUGGCUCUUCCUUCUGUUACUUACUCACCUACCAGUCUUCACCCAGUGUUAAGCCACAUCUCUCCAGCCUACACCGUUCAUUCUCCUCUCCUGCAACAUCCAGGCCUUCCCUAUCCUCCCCUUGGUUAUGCUCAGAUCCCUCAUUCCUCUCUACAGUUUGUUAGUUCCCCUUAUGCAGCGGUACCUUAUGCUCUAACACCUGGCUUUGUCCCAGGAUUAAUCUCUCCCUCAGGCACCAUCCCUCAGCCCCACUCCGUGUCCCACCUUGUUCCCUAUCCAUCUGUCAUACAGGAAGGUGUUGUUUCCCCACCUCCUCAGGCCCAGGUAACUGCUCAUACCUUUGCCAAAGUUGCAGCAUCCAGUGGUGUCCCGCUGAUGCUGCCUUCAGAGCAAGCUGCCCAGCAGCACCUUGGUGGUGUAGGAGUCCUGCCUGCAGCAGAGCUCAGCUCUCGAGGGAUGCCAGUCUACUACCACCACCCUCAGGGCGCCAGGGCUGCCACUGCCACCAGAGACCCCCACAGUGCCCAGCAGGAGAAUGAACCAGAGAUGAAUGGAGGCGAUAAAGAGCAGGGAGCCAGGGAGGUCGUACCAGGCUCAGCCUACACUGCCAGAAAUGCACGUCUGCUGCAGGUAGCACCCAGCUCUGCAGCACAGGAGCACAGCCAAGACAGAGGCCUAGAGGAGAGGAGCUCACCUGGUCAGCGCAGCACUCCAGACAGUGACCUGGAGGUGCAGCAGGUGGUUGGUCGUUUGGCCUCGUCUAGCCAAGGUGGUAGUGGAGUGCGGAAAGAGGUCUCCUUUGCUCCCUUGAACCUCUCUCAGGGUGCCCACAGAGCCAGAGAUGUCCAUGGAGAGAGCACGGGUGUAAUUUCCAGCCGGACUCUGUACGCGGCGCAGCCCACGAGUUACAGUGACCUCAGAGUGACCGGUCUCCAGCAGCAAACAGGACAGCCAGGCCAUGCUGUUUUGCUCGCCAAUGGACAACGAGUUCUUAUUCCCCUGGAGUAUCACGCGCAGCAUCAGCCCCAACCAUCACAGCAACACUACCCAGGACAGGCUAAUGAUGCCUCAGCCAGCCAUGCCUCUACCACCAUGGCCUCCACUAACCCAAGCUUUAAAGCCUCUGAUUCUUCAGCCAGAGUGUGCCUCCCUGAAAGGGCGGAGCCGACCACAGCUCAGCAGCAGCAGCAGCAGCAACAGCAGCAGCAGCUACCCCAGCAUCCUCCUGUCCAGCCUACAGCAGAUGUGACUCAGGCCUUAGCUUCAAGCCUCGCUCCUGCCCCGACUCCCUGCAACCCAUCUCACUUCAUGAAGGGGGCCAUUAUCCAGCUGGCUACUGGGGAACUGAAGCGUGUGGAGGACCUGCAGACUCAGGACUUUGUGCGGAGCGCCGAGGUGAGCGGGGGGCUUAAGAUUGACUCCAGCAUGGUGGUGGACAUCCGCCCCAGCCAGCAGAGACCAGGUCUCGUGUCGCUCCUCUUUACUGUGGGCGAGCAGCAGAGCAAAGUGACCAUUGACGUGCCCCCGGAGCACCCCUUUUUUGUGUUUGGACAAGGCUGGUCAUCCUGCAGCCCGGAGCGCACGGCCCAGCUCUACGGCCUGGCCUGCCAUCCUCUGCAAGUAGGAGAUGUGUGUGUGUCCAUCACCUUGCAGCAGCAGCUUCAGCCACAGCAGCAGAAACAACCACAACACCAUCAUUCACAGCAGCAGCAGCAGCAGCAACAACAACAACAGCAGCAGCAGAACCUGUCCAGGACUUUGAGCAAAACCAACGCUACACCAGGACCAGGUCACCAGCUCAUGGGGCCUCCUGCCCCUCAGCAGUCACGGCCUCAGUCUCAUUUCAGGAAUGACCGCAUCCACAGAGAAAGACAGAGGGAUGGGGAGAAAGAUGUGGCCGAUAAGGAGGAAGCCACACAUUUGGGGGUUGUUGGGCACCAUGAGUCGCCCAUCAGACCAAGUAGGACCUCAGCAGAGCACCAGAGGAGCCAGAGCAGUUACCACUUGCACACAGAGGGCUCUGCUUUUGCAGGGGCAGGGAUGGGAGGAAUGCAUGCCUCACUAGGUGCUUCUCAGAGACGCUGGUCCUCACCUGGCCUCCAAAGAUACGGUAUGAAGGGAGACGAAGGGCCGCGCCCUCAGAUAAGCACCUCCAGCCACUCAAGGCCCUCUUUCAUCCCCCAGGAGGUCAAACUGUCCAUUGAGGGGCGCUCUAAUGCAGGGAAGUAGCAUCACAUUUGGUAGCAACUAUAGAAGAGACUGCCAUGAGUAAGAAUGAGUCUGACAAGGAGAGAAAGAGGAAAAAAAAAAAAAGAGUGCGAAUGUAGCCUCAGAAUGUUUGAGAUUUUGCACACCUGAAAUAUUCAAAAAUUCAAGAUCUUUCUCUAUCUGGUGAGAAGUUCUGGUUUGGUUUGAUCGUCACUCAGCCAAAGGAUUCGAGCCAGUGCUUUCCCAGCCAGCUGAGGUCUGACAGGGACAUGAAAAGCUGAGUAGAAAGUAUGUAGCUGAUGAAAUGCCUACCGUAGUCCUUACACACUGCAUUUCUCUUCCUCCCUCCCUCCUUUGUCGCCACUUCCUCAUACCCACGCUCGGAGGUUACCAUCGCAUCCAGAUUCAGAACACUCUUGCUUCCUUUUUGACCAAACCGUCUCUUUGGAUGACCACAGACUACGAAGAAUGUGUUUGUAGCACAGUAACGCUACCAACUCUGCAGGUUCUGAUGUAUUUGAGAGGUCACAGCCAGUGAGCUUUUAUCUCCUCCAUUCCUAGGAUCCUGUUUCCUUCAAAAGCAUUUACCCAAAAAAAAAAAAAAAGAAAGCGGAGCUGCUGACAUCAGCUGCUCCUGCGGUGAUGUUGGCACUGUUGACGCUAACUGUCAGUGUAUGUUACAUUAUGCUUCUCCGGCAGGAGCCUGAAACCUCUGCUGUCAGCAGAGAUACUUUCUCCCCUUCUUCCUUUUCCAGGAGGCCGGUCUGCGAGGAAUGGGAUUCUCUCUCAGGCCGAGUGUGGCACGUCCUGCUUGUCUUACAAUCGAAAUAAUGAUAAAUCAAUCAGUCUGUCAGUUCAGCAAUCAGUUUCUAUUAAAAAAAAAGAAAAAGAAAAAAAAAGGUUUUGCUUUCGUUACACACACAUCACGCCCUCUGGUUUAGGCUGAGGGCCCUAACAUGUUUGUGUGUGUGUUAUACCACACACACACACGCACUAAUACCACAGACUGGAAUUUGUUCUAUGUGAUAACUAGAAAUAUCUUGCAUUCCAGUGUCAUCAGUGAGAAUAUCCAUCGUUUAGUGAAUCGUUUCCCAUCUUGAGAGACACCAUUCCUCCCUCCUCGCUAUACCUCAAAGCUUUUCCCGACCAGACCGGUGACUUUUAAUGCAAGUUAUAUACAGCGGAAUUAACGGAGAAGGCACUGGCUGCUCAUCACCAAAGCCACCUGAGAGACAUGACCCUGUCACAUCACUGGCUGCUGGCCACUCUAGCCUAACCCCCUCCCUCGAAGAGUGGACAGGUCUUGAAGUUUGCCUUGGAGAGAAACCCUUGUGUGCAAGCCAGUCUGUGAACGAGGUUUUCUCUUUGUCCUCAACUUGAGUUACUCUUUGCUCAGUUACCAAAUUACAAGCAAUAGUUCUUUUUACAGCUCGCGGCUUUACUGCUCUCUAAUCUUUCGUCCGCUGUUUUAUAUCUCUGUACAUCUGAGGUGUGAGAUCUGCCCCUCUUUUAUCCCAGACUUUUGAAGGUGAUGCACUAUUCAUAUUGUCACUGAUCCUCCAGUUGUUCUACAAAAGGAAAGCCUCCGACAGAUUUCUCAAGAACUCAUUGUAGAUAAAACUGCUCCCCUUUGAUUCUCCAUCUCACUGAUGAUCUUUUAUAUGGUUUUACUCAAGUGCAUCUCCAAGAGAGGCUUGACUCUAAUUAAGUUGUGAUCGUUAUCAAGUUACCUUCUCUUCUGUCUUUUGUUUUAACAUAUACGGUCCUUUGCUUUUGUACUUGGAUAUACUUUAUCCAGUGGAUCUGAUUGUCUUGUGUUGCACAUAGAAAAAUGUUACUCAUUGAUUUCACACUGACCUUGUUAAUAGGAAUCACAAUACAGUAGGUGUAUUUUUUUUUUUUAAUGAAGGGAAUAUGUUUGAAGUAUUGUUGUUGGUGUUUUGUUGUGAGAGAGAGAGAGAGAGAGAGAGAGAAAAAAACUGACCUGCAUUUUUAACUCUGUUUACAAAUUAGCCAAGAUGAAUGCUGCAGUUUCCUCCUCCUGACAGAUUUUUUUUUUUUUUUUUUUUUUUUUAAAUCCUUGUCACUCGAAAAAUCCAAAAGGGUGAAAUUGAAAAUAAGUGCAAUUAGACCACACAUAAAAUCAUCCAGAGGUUUAUAAUCAGCUGGCAUUCCUCACACAGACAUUCCCAUCACAAAAUACAAAUCGCACAGUACCAGUUUUUUUUUUUCUUCUUUAUUUUUUUUGGUCUCACCUCUGGCAAAACAUUUGAUCGCUUUUGAAUAUUUCUUGCAUUUUCCUUUCCCAGUGAGUUGCAUGGUUGGCAGUUUCGUGUCUUGAGUCUGUGUCAGUGCUGUACUUGCAAACCUUUGAACUAGCGUGUCCGUCAGCCUCAGACACUGUUGAGUAUCCAACCUUACCCUCUGUCAGCAGGUGGAUUGGCCAUGAGAGACUUGAACUGAGACUAGCAGACUCUCAUCCUCUGGUGCUGUUAUUUUGAGCAGCUUUAAAAAAUAGGUGCACAUUUUCUUGAGUCUGUUUUGAAACAAUUCUCACAUACCCAUAAAGACUUACUGGUCUCUGUAUGCACUGGCCGUGUAAAGAUUCCUUUUUUGUUUUUCCAAUGUAACAGAUAUCAAACCAAAUUUUUGGUGCAGUAAAGCACUUCAAGUUAAUAUGAUGCUUCAGCAGCCACAGUUAGACAAAUCAAGGGGCUAUCUUCCAGAGUUAAGAGUUAUUAUGGUACAGUUCACUCUUUAUAUUACUGUUUCUCUGCUGCCGCUCAGCAAGCAAAAGCCGCCCUGGGAGACCCCAGGGAGAAGAGCGUGUCACCCAUGUGAUGUGUCUGACUCCGACGGCUGAAGCCUCAGAUUAGCUUCAUCUUAAUUUUAAAACGCAAUCACACACAGAAUGAGGACUGCGGUCUUUGUCCUCCAUCCCAUCACUUAAACUGAAAUCACAUAAGGAAAGGAUUGGAGAAAAAAAAAAAAAAUGAGCCUAUUCUUUAAAAUGCGGUGCAAU